AUGGAGCGAGAGGUUGCCGUUAGCACCUCCCUCAUCCUAAAACUCCUAGUCUGGUCGUGUGGACAUGUCCUCGAUACGAUUAUCAUCAAGGAGUUGCAAGGUUUGGUUACCCUGGGCCUUGUGACGCAAAGGUCUGAUGCAAAGGAUCUGAAGCUGCAACUGGAGCAGAUGCGCCGACUCGUUAAGUUGAAGGAUAAGGAAGCUUCCGAGCUUCAGAUGGUGGUAAGUACGCUCCGAGACCAGCAUGGCAAGAUUGAGGAGAAGGUGAAAUUGCAGCAGCUGCAGCUGAACGUGAAGCAAAGCCUCUUGGAUCACAAGCACCGCGAAGCUGAUGAUCUCAAGUGUCAGCUGUGCCAGGUUAUGAAGCAGAGGCAUGCCAGUCAUUUUGGCUUACACUCGCUAUUUCCACUGCUUUUCUUGCUACUGUUUCUGGUCCAUUUGUGGGUGUUCUCUGACAUUUUGCCGGCAGUGCUCGGUAUUCGGGACUGUUUGCUGGCAACCCCGUAG